AUGAAUGCUACCACUGAAACUGAAAUACGAGAAUUAGAUGUCAAUCUUAGUAUCAUGUCUAAUCUCUUACUGGGUUUCGCAUCAAAAGUGUACAGCCCUUUAUUCAUUUGGCUUGGAGAGAAUAUUUCAGUCACCGAAUGUCGUAACACUAAUCCUGCGCAAAUUUUGCCUCAAAUCGAUAAAUGCUUAAGAGAGGCGGGAUCCGUACAAGUCCGUGUUAGAAGAGAUGCUGAUGAUCAGAUUGUCUUACUACAAGUCACUGAAAGAUUAUCUAGAUACGUAUCUAAUCUCACUGUUCAAAUAAUUAAAGACGACUGGCAACGAACUGUAUCAAAUCCUACGAUUUUAAGAUCUAUGAAUUAUGGUGAUAAGAACAUGUUAGAAAAUUACAAUUUCUCCUCAUUCUCUAAUGACACCGUGUACUACACACCUACUAAAGAUAGAAGCAAUAUGAUAUCUGCUUCUACUCCGUUGAUUUUUGAGCAACGUGGCCAUUAA